UGGGGGAAGCCGCAUUGAAAAGUUGGGGGGGUGCUUGUUGGACCCUGAUAGGGAAAGGGCUUCAGACUUCGGCCUAGAGGGCUUUUCUGGGUCUGACUGCGAGGCGUCGCUGGGAUCAGUUGGAGGAAAUGCCCCGGGGAGUGUUCGGCCAGGUCUAAUUGGGGGUAGCCGCAGGGAUCGGACGAAGAGGGUUUUCGGUUCGAGGUGGUGGGAGGCUUGGUCGAACUUGAUUGGGGGAAGCAGCAGUGACCCGUUAGCAGGAGUUAAUGCUGACUGAGGCGGGGGGUUGGAGCGCUGUGGGGGGAGGCUUUGCCAGACCUGAUUGAGGAAGCGACAGGGACCCGUCCAGGGGCCUUCUGUCGCCGGAUAGGUGGGCUUGGUUGACCCUCCUGCGGAGAGGCAUCAGGGACCUGUCUGGAGACUGCUUUGGGUCUGAUUAAGGGGAAUCGCUGGACUGCGUGCCGGCACGGGAGAGACCACGGGGGCUGGGGCGCUAUCGUGUUCUGGGGCAGGGCCCCUGGAUGGGGAGGUGGCUGGGCCCUCGCCUAGCAGCUUCGAGGGAAGUGGAAGUCUUAGGGCCCGGAGCCGAGGGCGGCGGCAUGGGCCGCGGUGGGCUGAAGGCCCAGUGUUGGGUGGGAUGAGGAUCCGCCGGGUCCCGUCGCCACCUCGCAUGGCCCGCUUCCACAUACCCGGGCCCGCGCUCCCGAGCCCGCGACUGCGCGGCCGUGGAUGGCGCAGCUGGCGGGGACCCCGCACUUGGGCGGGCGUGGAUCGGCGGCCUCCCUCUGUCCGCCGAGGACGCUCCCGCCCUGCUACCAACGCCACCACCUCUGCGGGGGCUCAGCCCGGGACUCACACGGAGCCCCUGGGAUCCAGCGCUGAUCCUGGCCCCUACCCCCGCAGUUCACCUUGCACCAUGGACUGGCAGCCAGACGAGCAGGGCCUGCAGCAGGUCCUGCAGCUGCUCAAAGACUCGCAGUCGCCCAACACAGCCACGCAGCGCAUCGUGCAGGAUAAACUCAAACAACUGAACCAGUUUCCCGACUUCAACAACUACCUGAUAUUCGUCCUGACCAGACUCAAGUCAGAAGAUGAGCCAACUCGCUCUCUCAGUGGCCUCAUCCUCAAGAACAACGUGAAGGCACACUACCAGAGCUUUCCACCACCUGUGGCCGACUUCAUCAAACAGGAAUGUCUCAACAACAUCGGCGAUGCCUCCUCGCUCAUCCGGGCCACCAUAGGCAUUCUCAUCACCACCAUCGCUUCCAAGGGCGAGCUGCAGAUGUGGCCCGAGCUGCUGCCCCAGCUGUGCAACCUACUCAACUCGGAGGAUUACAACACCUGUGAGGGAGCCUUCGGAGCCCUGCAGAAGAUCUGCGAAGACUCAUCCGAACUUCUGGACAGCGAUGCCCUCAACAGGCCCCUCAACAUCAUGAUUCCCAAGUUCCUACAGUUCUUCAAGCACUGCAGCCCCAAGAUCCGGUCCCAUGCCAUCGCCUGUGUGAAUCAGUUUAUCAUGGACCGGGCCCAGGCACUGAUGGACAACAUCGACACCUUCAUCGAGCAUCUGUUCGCCCUGGCCGUGGAUGAUGACCCUGAGGUGCGGAAGAACGUGUGCCGUGCACUGGUGAUGCUGCUGGAAGUGCGGAUCGACAGGCUCAUCCCCCACAUGCACAGCAUUAUCCAGUACAUGCUGCAGAGGACCCAGGACCAUGAUGAGAACGUGGCCCUUGAGGCCUGCGAGUUCUGGCUGACACUGGCCGAGCAGCCCAUCUGCAAGGAAGUCCUGGCCUCCCACCUGGUCCAGUUGAUCCCUAUCCUGGUAAACGGGAUGAAGUACUCAGAAAUCGACAUCAUCCUGCUCAAGGGGGAUGUGGAGGAGGACGAGGCCGUCCCUGACAGCGAGCAGGAUAUCAAGCCACGUUUCCACAAGUCACGCACAGUGACGCUGCCCCAUGAGGCCGAGCGGCCUGAUGGCUCUGAGGAUGCGGAGGAUGAUGACGACGACGAUGCUUUGUCCGACUGGAAUCUGAGGAAGUGCUCGGCGGCUGCACUGGACGUCCUGGCUAACGUCUUCCGGGAGGAACUGCUGCCCCACCUACUCCCCCUGCUCAAGGGCCUCCUCUUCCACCCCGAGUGGGUGGUCAAGGAGUCGGGCAUCCUGGUGCUGGGCGCCAUUGCUGAGGGCUGCAUGCAGGGCAUGGUGCCCUACCUGCCAGAGCUGAUCCCACACCUCAUCCAGUGCUUAUCAGACAAGAAGGCCCUGGUCCGCUCCAUCGCCUGCUGGACCCUGAGCCGCUAUGCCCACUGGGUGGUCAGCCAGCCCCCUGACAUGCACCUCAAGCCUCUGAUGACAGAGCUGCUCAAGCGCAUCCUGGAUGGCAACAAGAGGGUACAGGAGGCGGCCUGCAGUGCCUUCGCCACCCUGGAGGAGGAGGCCUGCACGGAGCUGGUCCCUUACCUCAGCUAUAUCCUGGACACCCUCGUUUUUGCCUUUGGCAAGUACCAGCACAAGAACCUGCUCAUCCUCUACGAUGCCAUCGGAACCCUGGCCGACUCUGUGGGCCACCACCUCAACCAGCCGGAAUACAUCCAGAAGCUGAUGCCUCCGCUGAUCCAGAAGUGGAACGAGCUCAAGGAUGAAGACAAGGACCUCUUCCCUCUGCUGGAGUGCCUGUCGUCAGUGGCCACUGCCCUGCAGAGUGGCUUCCUGCCCUACUGUGAGCCCGUCUACCAGCGCUGUGUUACCCUGGUGCAGAAGACACUGGCCCAGGCCAUGAUGUACACCCAGCACCCUGAGCAGUACGAGGCCCCUGACAAGGACUUCAUGAUCGUGGCGCUGGACCUGCUCAGCGGCCUGGCUGAGGGCCUGGGCGGGCACGUGGAGCAGCUGGUAGCCCGCAGCAACAUCAUGACACUGCUCUUUCAGUGCAUGCAGGACUCGAUGCCUGAGGUCCGGCAGAGCUCCUUCGCCCUCCUGGGAGACCUCACCAAAGCCUGCUUCAUCCAUGUCAAGCCCUGUAUCGCUGAGUUCAUGCCCAUCCUGGGCACCAACCUGAACCCCGAGUUCAUCUCUGUCUGCAACAAUGCCACCUGGGCCAUUGGCGAGAUCUGCAUGCAGAUGGGGGCAGAGAUGCAGCCCUACGUGCAGAUGGUCCUCAACAACCUGGUGGAGAUCAUUAACCGGCCCAACACGCCCAAGACGUUGCUGGAAAACACAGGUCGCCUGACGAGUCCCUCUGCCAUUCCAGCCAUCACCAUCGGCCGCCUGGGCUACGUGUGCCCACAGGAGGUGGCACCCAUGCUGCAGCAGUUCAUCCGGCCUUGGUGCACAUCCCUCAGGAACAUCAGGGACAAUGAGGAGAAGGACUCGGCCUUCCGAGGCAUCUGCAUGAUGAUAGGCGUCAACCCCGGGGGUGUUGUGCAGGACUUUAUUUUCUUCUGCGACGCUGUAGCCUCCUGGGUGAGCCCGAAGGAUGACCUUCGGGACAUGUUUUAUAAGAUUCUCCAUGGCUUCAAAGACCAAGUUGGGGAGGAAAACUGGCAGCAGUUCUCAGAGCAGUUCCCACCGCUGCUUAAGGAGAGGCUAGCUGCCUUCUACGGGGUCUAGAUGAGUACUGCGACUGCCAGGUUUCUGUCUGCGUCGUCGUCAGAGGGGUUGCUGGGGAGCGCGCUGCGUCCAGAAGUCGCCGUGCCCUGGUCGAGGGGGGUUAGGGAGGAGUGAGUGGGACCCAAAUCCAGACGCCCUCCCCGUCCAUCUACCUGCCAUACCCGGCCAUAGGCCGGUCAGCGGGUGGGCAGGUGGGUGGGGCCUCCACGUUCAUCCUAUAAAUGGGAGGGGGGUGGGACUUCUUGGCAGCAAGGGCCCCUUGCUCUAAUUGGGGUCACCUCAGGCAGCCUACUUGGGCCAGCCACGUGUGGGAGGGAAGAACCAACACGGCCGACCAAAUCCGGCUUAGGAUGAGGCAAGGGAAAAGCAGGUGGGGAGGGGGGUCCUUGUAGAGACACGUACACUCACACGUACACACGUGGCUACACGCAUGUGCGGGCGCUGCAGCCAGCCAGGCUGGGCCAGCCGCCCCACCGUUUCCCCGACUGCAUGGAGACAGUAGAAUUAGUGAACCCCUGAGUUAACUCGUAAGGCCUUCCGUGUAACCUGCAUCUAGAGUUUAAGAAGCUUCUGCUGUUUUGCCGGAAUUGGCGGUGAUUAGGGAGGGCUGGGUGGGUUGGGGACCUCCGCUGGGACCCUGGGGCGGGUGGGGGGGAAGAGGACGGCCACCUUGGGGCCGCCCAGUCAGCACGCACACGCUUUGGACCUGCUCCGCACACUUCUUGCCAGCUCUGUGGCAGCCUCAGCCAGUGUGUCUCCCUCCUUGUCCCGUCCCAGCCAGAAGAGUGGGGACCACCGAAGUGGCCGGGGCUGGCCAGAGGUCGCCCUUUUCUCCCUCCCCUGUGCUCCAGUGACUUUCGAAGAUGCUGGGCUGGAACUUUUUCCCCGAGGAGAGUUGGGGGCAGCCAGAGCUGCUGACAUCUACCCCUGUGUCUCUCCAUAAGCAAGUCUGUUUCAAAGGCAGUCCGUUUCUCUGCUUCCGAGAGCCCUCUUCCAGGCCUGGGUUUUAACACAAGGGCCGAGGCUGAGGCAUUUAAUUGAUGGUGAUAGAAAACCAAGGCUUAUGCUUUGCCAGCAAGAGGGAAACCGAAGGCUUGGAGGAAGGGAAGGGUGCUGUAUUCCCUUACCCCACUCUGGCCCUGGGACUUCCUGAUCAUCACAGCUCCCAGUAGGCCCCAAGACCCCACCAGAUUGGGGUAGCGAUCCUAGGGAAACUUCUGGGAUUGGUUGGGGAUGCAGGCACAGUGGGAGAGGCUCCCCUAGAGAGAGGAGGUGUGGUUGCUUCCCAGUUGGCCUCAAAACUGAAACCAAGCCUUGAAGCCCCCUUAAUGUUGUUUUCCUCUUCCCUGCUUUCUACUUCUCUGGGGGCCUCUUUUUGCGGUUUUGGGGGUUUGACUGGAUUCCUGCAUUCUGGGGCCUGCUCCAUGCAUCCCUCUCGAGCACUGGAUCACACCCUCAUCACAGCCCUGUGUCUAUCAGACAGGGUCAGGCCCCACCUCUCUUCCAGGGGCACUUGGUGCACAUUCCAUAAACUCAGCUGGUUCCCCCGCUGUGAAACUCCAGCAGGUCUCUGGAAGCCAUUUGUAAAAAAAAGAAAAGAAAAAAAAAUUAAAUACCAUUUAAUUUUCUGGUAAUUCCAGUUCUUUGGAGCAUCCUCUGCUGGGUCUUGGGGUGUGUGGAUUGGCUGUCUGAUGGGAUUGGUAACCCCUUCUCCAUCCAGGAUGGGGGGCCUCCAACCACCUUCAGGGAAGGGGAGCCUGGUUCUAGUUAUCUUUUUUCUUUUUCUUUUCUUUUUUUUAAUUAAGGAAACUAUUUAAUUUUUUAAUUUAUUUUUUUGUUGAUUUUUGCACAACGAAGUUUCAGCUUCUCAACCUUUUCCCCUGCGCAGGGCUGCGGACCCUGACUGGCCUCGAUCUGCAGUCCCUCUCGUUCCCACAUCCCUCCUUCCCCCUCAUCCUCUUCUUCCUGCGGGCUCCCAGGGUCUGUCCAUUUGUUACCGUGCUGUGCUGGGGACUGGCGCCAAGGUGGCGUGAGAUUCCACUUGUGUAGAACUUUGUUGAGUAAAGAUCAGUUUCUUGUGAAA